CCACUUCCAGGUUCAAGGCUGCGUAUUUUUGCCCAUAGAAUCAAGUGCUAGAGUAGUAGUGGUGGGUCAUACCGAAGGCUGCGAAAAACGCCACUUUACACUCGGCCGCACCUUUCUCGAGAUUCUCACCAACAUUUAUUCACCGGUAAUGACGUCGCCCUUCCACACCCUGGAAUGAGGUUGAAAUAGCUGCGGCUCUCAGCCUGAGCAUGUCUGCAAAACAAGUUAUAAAUAGAGGGUCCAAGUGCGCAUAUGCAGAUUGCAUAGUGCUAUCGUAACUACCUCACGCGCGGAAAAGUAAAAUCUGGAUUAAGACGUCAUCUCCAAGCUCCUUCAUAAUGAUCAGCCCCUUACUAUCUAUCGGCGUUGCAUUCGCCCAAUCUUCUGUCGUUUUCGCACAGAUGAGUCAAGUCGUAUACGACGGCAUGUUCAUAUACUGUAUUCUGAAUGAGUUUGCGUACCAGGAUACGAAAAUUAGAAGCGUGCACUUCUCGGUGUUAUCUAUCUAUUUGCUAUAUCGGUUUGUGUCGAUCUUCGGGGCUUCAGUUUUCUUCCUGCCCAUCGACCUUUUGGAAGGGCGACUCUGGAAGGCGGCCUUAGUGGUUAACCUUCUUUUUUACCUACCCUUUCGCUUAACCUCAUGGAUUUGCUGUGGUCGGCGUUGGCUCGAGGACCAUGAUGACAUUCGGCUGAAUAGCAGAGGAGUAGUGCCCAAGCAGACGCAUCAAAACCGCCUCAUUCAUGGUCCAAUACUUGUCAUCAUACCAUGUCAUAAAGAGCCAUUAGAUAUCAUUGUCGCGUCACUCACCUCGGUUUUUGCGACACAAUAUCCCAACCUACACGUGUUUGUCUCUUUCGAUGGAUCAGAAAACAAGGAGGCCUUUUCUGGUCUAGCUAAAAAGUUUGAAGCCACAUUUCAAGAUCGGUUCCCGUAUGCAUGCGCCGAAGCACGUGUCAAUGGCACGAUGCUGACCUUACUUCUAUUUGGACACGGGGGCAAACCACAAUGCCAGAAAAAUACCUUGGAUCACAUCAUGAGUGUUCAUUCCAAACUUGUAGUAGAAGAAACAUACGCUCUGUUCCUAGACUCAGACACUACAAUACCGAAGUAUGCCUUGAGUCUGCUUGCUGAACGCGUGUUCGUGCCAUCCAGUGGUAUGACAGAUGUUGCCGCACUCUCACUGGUGCAAGGUGUCGAAAAUGCGUCAUCUAGUUUUCUCUCUGCGCUACAAGAGACAGAAUACCUCGACUACGGCAUACACGUGGAAGUCGUCAUGUCAUCCCUUGGCAAUGUGACCUGCCUGUCCGGGACGACAAUGUUCCUCCGCCUCAACGUCGCUCUCGAUGUUUUCGAUACGUUGCUUAAGGAGAAAGCGCUUCAUAAAACAUUGCAUCAUCAUUGGAAGUAUCAUUACGGCGACGAUCGACUCUUGACCUUACUUACCGAGAGAAAAGCAGGGUCAAGAUGCAGCGACAUUCAUACCGGUAUCAUAUGCAAUACCCAACCGGCUCUUCCGAUGAUGAAUCUGGUGAUACAAAGAAGAAGGUGGUUUUUAGGCGCAGUGGCAACUGAUGCAGCGGCCUUGUGCGACCCAAGUUACUGGCUCACGACGCCAAUUCUGGCAAGGUACCGCCUAUUGAAUCACGCAGCGCAAACUACAGAUUCUCAAAUAAUUUGUCUGGCGAUUUUAAUUACUCUCGGAAAUCUUGAAGAGUACCGUUGGGUUGUUGGGGUUGUGAUAAUAUCGAUGGGCAUGAACAUGCUGUCGCUAUUCUGCUUCGCUUCGGUACGACGCAGAAGCGUGGUUGUGUGGUACAUGUAUCCAAUUUUCCUUAUACUGGCUCCGAUGUUCAAUAUUGUAGUGAAAAUUUUCACUAUCGCUACAGUUAGGGACAGAAAAUGGGGAGGAGUUCGAGGGUUGCCGAUGGUUAUCAGCAAAGGAAGACAAUGA